UGCGGCCUCGCCCCUGUCCUGCUAGUGCUGUCCAGUCUCUCGGUGCUUUGCUUCGCUCUCGUCGCAGUCGCGUCGCGUGCCGCGGUACCCGCUCGCCUCGCCUCGCUUCGCUUGGCUUCAAAUGGUGGCCGUGGCGGCGCAGGGUCAGCGGCGGGCGCACGAGUGAUUCGCUGGCCAUGGCGCGCGGCGCGGAGGAGGCCGUCGGCGUCGUGGGGAUGGGGUUCCCCGCCGACGCCGGCCACGGCCUCGCGCUGCGGCACGGCGUCCUCGCGGGGAGGCGCGGCGACGAAUCCGCCGACUCCGACGACCCCCGCCUCCCGCCGCUGCGUCUCGGCGCCUCCUACUACGCCUCCGACGGGGCCGGGGCCGCGCUCGCCAGCCCCGCCUCCAGCUCCUCCUCCGACGCCUUCCUCAGCACGACCUCCACGCCUUCAGGGCUGCUGAAUCCGUACGGGGUGUGGUCGCCGCCACGCGCGCCGUCGGAGGCGUCGGAGUUCGGCACCGCGCGCGAGUACGACACCACCGACCUCUUCUUCGGCGAGAACUGGCUCUACGACGACCUCCUGUUCCACCGCGAGCCGGAGAUCAGCGGUAAGAGCGGCGACGGCGACGGCGACGAGGAGGACAAGUUCAUUGUUGACCCCGACGUCGGCGAGAUUGGCGACGACAGCAGCCGACGCCACGAGCGCAGCAAGAGCAAUGCAGAGGCGUAUACGUCACCGCCCUGCAGUUGUUGCCACGGCGAAAUGGAGCACAAGAAUGGUCGGGAGUUUGCGAGGGAUUCUUGGUCUGCUGUGUACGGGAGGUAUCAGAUCAUGGACGACCUGACGGAGGUGCUUGAUGAGUGCGGUGCAGACGCGCACCAGUUCAGGCGCAAUGUGAAUGACGAUGCCACACUCAAGGGCGGUCCGUUAGUGGAUUCCAGGAGUGGAGAUGACCAGGAGUUUGAUCUCAGUGCGCUGGAGAAGGAGCUUCAGGUGCUCAGUCCGUACUUGUCUGAAGACGCAAAUGCUGCUAACAACCAUAGGUUUAACCAUGACUUCAGAGUAAACGAUGAACUAAAUAUUGACCUUAUAACAGAUGACAAAAUUGUCGAUGACAAGGAAUUUCUAAAGGAUAGUUACAGCGUGCACCCUUUUCCUGAGAUUAGUAUUCCUGAAGAUAUUUAUGGGAUGGAGGACUUCGGGCCAGCGGAUACAAAUGUUCAAAAUGCUGCUCAUAGUAUCGAUGAAGGUCCGAAAACGGAGAUUGAUCUUGCAAGCUCUAUUUUUCAUCAAGAAUAUGAGGAAUUUGAGUUGAGGAUUUUCCACCGGAAGAACAGGACUGGCUUUGAGGAAAACAAAGAUUUUCCUAUUGUGGUAGAUUCAGUUGUUGCCGGAAGAUAUCGCAUCACUGAAUAUCUUGGUUCCGCUGCAUUCAGCAGGGUCGUACAGGCACAUGAUCUUCGCACAGGAAUGGAUGUCUGCCUUAAAAUAAUUAAAAAUGACAAGGAUUUCUUUGAUCAGAGUUUGGAUGAGAUAAAGCUCCUUAAGUUUGUAAAUAAACAUGAUCCGGCAGAUGCACAUCAUAUAUUGCGCCUAUAUGAUUUUUUCUACUAUCAGGAACAUCUUUUCAUUGUAACCGAAUUGCUACGGGCAAAUCUAUAUGAGUUUCAGAAGUAUAACCAGGAGUCCAGUGAUGAGGUCUACUUUUCAUUGCCCAGAAUACAGGCUAUAGCUCGACAGUGCUUAGAAGCUUUGGUGUAUUUGCAUGAUUUAAAUAUAGUUCACUGUGACCUGAAACCAGAGAACAUCCUUAUGAAGAGCUACAGCAGAUGUGAAGUCAAGGUUAUUGAUCUUGGAAGCAGUUGCUUCUUGACAGAUAACUUAAGCCUAUACGUCCAGUCACGUUCUUACCGUGCUCCUGAGAUUAUUUUGGGUCUUCCAUAUGACCAGAGGAUUGACAUUUGGUCUCUUGGAUGUAUAUUCGCCGAACUGUACUCUGGUGAAGUGCUCUUUCCUAAUGAAGCGGUGUCAACAAUUCUUGCUCGGAUGAUUGGAACAAUUGGCCCAAUUGACACGCAGAUGCUUGCGUUGGGACAGGAGACUCCGAAGUACUUUACAGAAGAGUACGACCUUUUCCACAAGAACGAGGAGACGGGUCAGCUGGAGUAUUUGAUACCAGAGAAAUCCUCCUUGCGGCGCCACUUGCGAUGCCCCGACUCCAAGUUUGUUGAUUUCCUGUCCUGCCUGCUGCAAAUCAACCCCAGAAAGAGACCAACAGCCAGGGAAGCGUUGCGGCAUCGAUGGUUUUCACACAAGUAUCGUUGAGCUGCCAAUCAAAGACCGUUCUUCACAUGGAGGGGACAUUUUCGCAGUUCCCCGGAUCAUGAAACGACAUGUUUCUUUUCUUCCUUUUGCAACUGGGUUUUUGUUUGUGUGCCUUCUUUUUUGCCAGGCAAUCCUUGGCCUGCUUUGCUAGGUGAAUACAUACCUGCUCAUUCAUGUAAAUAUGAGAAAAGGUUCCUGCCUGUACAGCUGGCGUUUACUCUGAUGGACCUUUUUAAAAUACUACUCUGAUGUACUUCUAAUUCAUAAUAUAGCAAAAUCAAGUUUGGUUUAGGCA